UGUUAAAUUUUAAAUUUUUUACACAAUUAAAUUAAAAUUUAAAUAUAAAAAUAUUAAGAAUAUUUAAAUUGUGGUUGUAAUAAAACCACGUGCUUUUCACUCAUUUCUCUCUUUAAGAGAAAAUACGCAAUUAAUUAUAUCAUUUCUCAAUAUAAGAGAAUAUUAUUAUUUUUAUAAAAUAUGUUUAUGCUGAGAAAAAAUAUUAUGCUUAAGCUAUUGUUAUUAAUUUUUAUGGCAAUUAAUGUGCUCGCAAAUGAGAAAUGUGCAUUCAAAGAUAAUUGUGAAGAAUGUUUAGCCGAAAACUAUUUAUGUUCAUGGUGUACUGAUAAAAAUUUCAAUGGUACAAGCAGAUGUAUGACAAAAUCUGAUUUAUUACGAGAAAAUUGUUUCGUUACAAAUAUAAUUGAAAAUCAUGAAGAAUUCCAGAUUACAGAAGACAUUCCAACACAGGAUUAUGUGAUGAUUGACUUGGAAAAUGAGAAGAAGAGGAAUGCCAGAGCAGUACAAGUUCGACCACAAAAAUUAAAAUUGAAAUUGGUUAAAGGAAAAAGCCAACAGUUUAAAAUGACAUAUAGAUUAGCUCGAAAUUAUCCGCUCGAUUUAUAUUUUUUGAUGGAUUCGACUUGGAGUAUGAAAGAUGAUAAAGAAACUUUAAUUAAACUCGGUAGUGAAUUGGCAGAGACGUUGACAUCACUAACAAAAAACUAUCGUUUAGGAUUUGGAAGUUUUGCUGAUAAACCUGGAAUGCCCAUUAAUCCAUCAGAAAAAUUUAAAACAAAUCCAUGUUCUUAUGAAGGUGCAACAUGUGGACCAACAUAUGACUUUAAACAUGAUUUAGCUUUGACUACAGAUAUUGAAUCAUUUAUUAAUUCUGUUAAAGAUAGUAAAAUAACAGGAAAUUUAGAAAAUAUGGAAGGACAAUUAGAUGCUUUAAUGCAAGUUAUCGUUUGUACUGAAAGUAUUGGUUGGAGUAAUGAUGCACGCAAAAUUGUAAUUUUAGCUACAGACGGUUAUAUGCAUUUUGCUGGAGACGGUAUACUUUUGGGAGUUACACAAAGAAAUGAUAAAAAAUGUCAUUUGAAUAAAGAUGGCCUUUAUACAGGGGAUUUAACUUAUGAUUAUCCUUCAAUUGAAGAAAUCUAUAGAGAAUUAUUAAGAAGAAAAGUCAAUGUUAUAUUUGCCGUUGAAAAGGCAGUUUCAUCUCAUUAUAUGAGUAUGGGAAAAUUAAUGCAUGACAUUAGCGCUGUUGAAAUUUUGAGCUCAAAUUCUUCAAAUAUUUUGGAGUUGGUUCGAAACGCAUAUCAAACACUCAUUAAUAAAGUUCAAUUUGAAGAUACAAGUCCGGAUAUAAUUUCUGUUAAAUAUUUUACAGAUUGUGGAGGGAAAAAUCAUUCUCUUCAAGAACAAAAUUAUUGUAAUAACAUAAAAUUGGGAGAUGAGAUAGAUUUUUUAAUUAAUAUAACUUUAGAUGAAUAUCCUAAGGACAAUAAUUGGAAUUACCUUAUUAAAAUCGGUGAUUCGGGUCUGUCAGAGGACAUUGAAAUACAAGUUGAAGUACAAAAACCCUGUCCAUGUGAAGAGCAACCAAUAAAAGAUGAUAGCGGCCGAUUACCUUGUAAUAAUCACGGUCAUUUAAAAUGCGGAAUGUGCAUCUGCGAUGAAAACUGGCUAGGAACUUAUUGUUCAUGUGACUCUGAAAAUUAUACAACCAAUCAAGCUCUAGAAAAUUUAUGCCGUUAUAAAUAUCCCAGUGGUGAAUUAGGAUCAAUUUGUUCCAAUCAUGGUGAAUGUGAUUGUGGAAAAUGCCAAUGCAGUUUUUUUUAUGAAGGAAAAUAUUGUGAAUGCCUCAAAUGCCCUAAUUGCAAUGAUGAAAUUGAAGAAUGUCAAUGUGGAGAAUGUGUUUGUAAGUAUGGUUGGAUGAAUGGACGAUGUUGUGUUAAAGCAAAAAAUGGUUGCAUAAAUCCUGUUGACAGAAGUACUUGUUCAAAUAAUGGUGAAUGUGAUACCUGCACAGAUAAGUGCUCCUGUAAAGAUAAUUAUUUGGGUAAAUAUUGUGAAUAUAAUGUGAACGGUUCUGCAAAAGAAGGAUUUUGUGAAAAAUAUGAACCAUGUGCAAAAAUUUUGAUAUAUGAUAACCAAGGAAUAGAGCACGUUGAUGAUAAAGAUUCAAUAUGUAGGGAUGAAAAAGGUCCCUAUACUUACAAAAUAGAAACGGAAUCAAUUGAUGCUAAUGUUAAAUGCCUACUUCGGCUUAAUUAUGAAGAUGGUGAAUAUCAGUGUGACCAUUACUUUGAAUAUAAAAUAGAUGAGAAUGAAAUCAGCCAUUUAAAGAUUGAGCAAAACGAUUGUACGCCAAUUAAUUAUGCAAUAUUGGGCAUUAUAACCCUAAUAAUAACCCUAAUUGUUGGAAUAUUGAGUUUAUUAAUGUACAAGCUAUGUUUAGUUUUACAAGAUCGCAAAGAAUGUGACAAAUUUAAUAAGGAAGCUUUAGAAAUGCAAGAAAAAAUUAAAGAAGGGAAAAUGGAAGAAACGAACCCAUUAUAUAAAAAUCCAGUGACACAUUAUUCAAUACCAAAACUAGAUGAAAAUUGAAUCAUGUAUUUAUGUACAUACAUACAUAUAUGCAAAUUGGUUUAUUAAGUUAAUUUUAAAGCUCAACUAUAACUGUUAUAAUUUAUAUAACGAUUUUACAAAUUUUAAAAUAAA